CACCGCAGAGCGGACGCGACUCCCUCCCUCCCUCCGCCACAGGGCCACGGAGAAGGCCGUACGUCUGCGGCUCGCGCUCGGGGAUGGAUCAGGGAUCCGCCGCGGGCACCGGAGGGACCUUCAUUUCCCUGAGCGACACUGAGCAGAGAUGUUACUCGGGGCUGUACGCGCUCUGUCAGCCCGACAGCAGCGGCAAACUGGCGGCGGGGAAAGUGGCGGAGCUGUUCCGGGCGUCGCAGCUGCCGGCCGAGACGCUGCACCAGGUAACAGAGGUGUGCGGUGCUAAGCGGCUUGGCUAUUUCGGCUGUGGACAGUUUUACGUGGCUCUGAAGCUGAUGGCCGCGGCGCAGGUGGGUUUGCCGGUACGUCUGGAGAGCGUCGCAGGCGAACUUCCUCUCCCUGUGUUCGUCGGGAUAAUGAACGAGCUUGAGAUGCGUUACCCCAAUCACCCCUCGACCAAUGAGAGUCAGCCUCACAUCCUGGGCUCGCUUACAGGCUCCGCCCCUCGUCCCCCUGCAGACAGACCUGUCCUCAGACACCCUGACACCAGCAUGGACAAACAGGAGGCGUGGUCUCCACCGCGGUCACCUGGCAUCUCCCCGCCCCGCUCACCAUCAGCCUAUCGCAGCUAUCCAUAUGGUGCACAGAGAAACGGAACAGACACGCUAUUGGCGCAUGAUGGUAACGUGCCGGGUCGUCUCAGCGUUCCUCAGGAAAACUCCUCUCCCAGUCAUUAUUCUCUCAAACUGCAGUCGGAGCAUCCUGUCAUCACAUGUGUUGCGUCUGUGGAGCGGCUGGUGGAGCGAGCGGAGAUCGAUUACUCAGACGAGCCCUGGAGGAUCACAGAGGAGCAGCGUGAAUACUACACCAACCAGUUCAGGAGUCUCCAGCCGGACCUCAAUGCUCUCAUCAUGGGAACUGUAGCAAAAAACUUCUUCACCAAGUCGAAGCUUCCGAUUCCAGAGCUGUCUCAUAUAUGGGAGCUGAGCGACGUCGACAAGGACGGUGCUCUCACUUUCCCAGAGUUCUGCACUGCCUUCCAUCUGAUCGUGGCCCGGAAAAAUGGUUACCCUCUUCCUGAAACGCUCCCCGCCACGCUGAGACCUGGCUUUGUGGAACCAGGUGUGGUUACAGUGCCACCAUCUGAGGCGACUGAACCUCUUAUUGUUUUUGAUGACAAAAUGAUGCCUGGAGCCAAUCAGCUCGAAAUGGGUUCUGUUGACCUGCAGAUGACCUCUAGACCAGGUGUGACCGCUAAACAGGACACGAGAGAUGAAAGCAGGAAACCGGAAUUCAGCCCAAAGAGAAUUCCAGACCCGCACGAAAAGCCAAUACAGCGUGUCAGCACUUUAAAACCAGAUUCUCCACAAGAGCUUGAUGCAAACAUGAAGUCAAGAACACGGCCCAGGUCGUAUUCCAGCACCUCCAUAGACGAUGCCAUGAAGAAGGUGGAGGAGCCGCCCACUCCUCCUCCUCGACCCCAGAAGACUCACUCCCGCGCCUCCUCUCUCGACCUCAACAAGCUCUUCCAACAGAGUGGUCAAGGUUCUCGCCCAUCCCAACAUUCCCUGAGUGCUAAAAGUGGAUGGUUGCCUCCUCCUCCAGCUCUCCCUCCACGACCACCAGCUACACAGAUCUUCAGCUUCCUCCCUGGUUCAGAGAAGAGUUCCCAGAAGGCCGUUCAGCAGCCAAACUUUGCAGAUUUCAGCAAAUUUAGAGAGGAGCAGGAGAGCAGCGUGAGAGGAGGUCUGAGCACGGAGGACCUGGCGCCUCCCAAAUCGGAUUCUACACUGAGACAUCAAGGCCACGCCCCUCAGAAGCCAGUGCGAAGAAAGCUCCACCCCGAAAGUGAGAGUGCCACGCCCCCCUCGGCCACGCCCUAUUCUGCUGCAACAUUGACCAAAUCUACACAGAGGCCUCCACCCAAGCAGAAGAGAGAGAUCCAGAUGGCCAUAAGGAAGAACCGAGAAACCAACGCAGUCCUGACACGUCUCAACAGUGAACUACAGCAACAGCUAAAGGUUGUGCAUCGGGAGCGAGUUACUCUGGAAUCCCAGCUGGAGUUGCUGCGGCCCGUGGCGUCGACCUGACCCGACCCGACACG